AUGACUUUAUGUGGAAGCAUAUUUUAUGGUACAAAAAGACAACAGGAAGUGAACCAAUUGGGCAAGUUCACCGGCAGGGUGUUCUACAGCAGAGGAACUGAAAUGAUGGAUGUGCAGCAAGUUCAAGUUAUCAAGAGGGAGAAACGACCAUGCAAAGCGAGCGGCUCCUUGAUGCAGGAAGAAACGAUCAAGUUUGUUUUCCCACGUCGUGGUUGCGGCCCCUCUUCGUCCUCCCCCCCCCAAGAACCGAACCUUGGCCAAGCGUUUGACAGCUGCCACGGCAAACACUAUAGGAACUUGAACAUUUGUGGCAGUUGUGAUGUUUACGACGGUCGGCCUUCGAGUGUCGGGGUUGAUUGUCGGACGAAGACCGCCUUCCGCGAGGCACCGAGGCAAUUGGUUUGUCGGACGGAAAUUGAAGCCACUCCACUCUCGCUCGAAUCGCGUACGUCAACGGGUGUUGGCCGUUGCGAUCUCUCGUCGGUCGGUCGGUCGGUCUGUCGGUCGGCACCAGCACAUAAUCCGCUGCUGGCUGGUUAA